AUGAAGAUGUCUCUUGUUAUUAUAUUUGUUGGCUUAAUUGAAGUUGGGAAUUCAUAUUAGCGAUUGAUAUAUCAUUACUUAUAUAAAAAUGAUAAAUAUACUUAUUAGAAUGGACCAACUGCGCAUUAGUAUUCCGGAAACUUUUUAAUACCGUUCACUUAAACAACAGCUAAUUUUAUAACUUGUACAACACCUUCUACAAGUUACAUUACUGUAAAUAGCGUAUUUCCCUCAGCUUAAGGUAAUGAUACUCUAUUACUUUCUAAAAUUUGUUUUGUAUCUGUGGAUUUAUAUUUUCAAGGUACAUGGACAUCUGAAACAGUUACUAUUUCAUUCGACUCUUUUUCAUAUUCAUAUAACUACAUUUCUCCCCCGAAUUAUCAAAUAUCAACUGGAUUUUGUGAUAAUAUUGCUUUUGAUAUCAGAACUCUUAAUUUUACAUUUUAAAUUCCAUUUUUAGCUUAUGGAAAUCUAAAGUUUACAUCAUCAAAUUUAAAUGAUGGAUAAGUUUCAAUUAGAAAUAUAUAUAUUUCAGAUCCAUUUGGAUGUUAUUAUUUAUGUAAAUCAUGUUUAGGAGAUAAUUACAGUCAAUGUAGAAUUUGUUAUUAUGGAGAACCAACAAACUAUAUUUGUCCACCCUGCCCAUCAAAUUAAUAUUUUGAGAAAAAAUAUGGAUGCCGAAAUAUUUGUGAUAUCUACUAACCAUUAUAUUAAAAAGGAUUUUGCAAUAAUUAUCCUGGUAAUUAUAAUUGAAAUAUCUUAGUUUACAAAUUUUCAGAAGAUUUGGUAUCAACUAUAUAAAAUUAAUGGUUUAUUAUAUAUGACCCAGAACAUUUAGAUAUAUCUCCAACUAUUCUAGACUCCGGUAUAUAUGGUGUAUUUAUGUUUAAUUUUGGUAUCUAUAAAUAUUAUUAUUCCAAUUUUUAUGCAACUUAUUUAAUUGGAUUGAAAAUAUCAAUUGUAACUUAUAAUGAUAUUCCAAUUAAUUGUGGAUUAUCAAUAAUGAUUAAUGAUUAUUAUGUUGGUUCUAUUUAUAGAGAUGAAUCUGGUAUUUAAACACAUAAUUUAAUAAUCUAUUCUACUUCUAGCAUUCCUCCAUCAUUAACUUAUACUUCAAUUCAAUAAUUAUCUUUAAUUACAUAUAUUGACAUUCCUAAUUUUCCAUUUCUAUUUUCAGUAAAAGGAAAUUACACGUAAAAAGAAUAAAUUAUAAAUUAGAGAUGAGACAGCAGGAUGGGGAUUAUAAUAUGUUUAUGUAACAUCAGGAUAUUGUCCUUAAUAUUGUUAAUUGUGUGAGGUAUCAUUCAAAUGUAAGAUUUGUCAAAGUGGUUAUUUUAAAUAUAAGGACAAUACUUGCAUAAGCAAAUGCGAUUAACCAUAUCAAAAAUUAAAUGGUUCUUAUUGUUAAGAUUUUGAUGAUGAAACACCAUGUAUCAUUUUAUUCUAUAUAUAUAUAUCUAGACUCUGAUUAUUUAACUUAUGAUUUUCUAAAUAAUACUAUCGACCCUUAUUACUAUGGUUCUUAUACACUAAUCUAUUAAAAUGGGACAAAUUUUAUCAAAGGAUCAGAUAUAUAUUAUUCAUAUUUUAAUAAUCUAAGAAUAUUUGGAGGGCCUUACAUAUGGGCAUAGGCUAAAUUUUAAAGGAUUCAUGAUAUAAUUGAUCCACAUCAUAGUAUCACAAUUGCAUUUUAUAUACUUUAUGGACCAGCAUUCCCAUCUGAUGGAUUAUUUAUAUAUACAAUUGAAAAUAAUCCACCAAUCUCUAAAUCUAGUAAUAGUUUUUAGGGUUCAAAUAAUUUAGGAGGAAAAUAUGAUAAAGUAUAUGAAAGGAUAAAUCACGACUCGAAUACAUUAACAAUAAGUUGGGAAUGUUUUGGGCCGAAUAAUGAACCAAUUAAAGCUUAUUGUGGAUUUUAUAAUUAUUAUAUUGCUAUUCAUAAGUGCUAACCCUAUUGUUUAUAAUGCUCAGAUUAGAGUACAUGUACAUUAUGGAAUAGUGAUUAUGAUGCAAAUGUAAAUAAAUUCUCUUAAGAAGAAUGUUUAAGUAACCAAUAUUAUGAUAAGGAUUCUGUUAGAUGUUUAGAUUGUCCAAUAUCUUGUUUAACAUGUACAUCUAAAAUAGAUUGUUAGACAUGCUAAUCUACUUUUAUAUAAACUAAAUUAGGAUGCAUUUGUAAAUUCAAUUAAUUUGAAGAUUCUAAUCAAUGUUAUGAUUGUCCAAUUGAAUGUAAUUAAUGUUUAAGUUUAAGUAACUGUUUAAAUUGUUUAAUUACAAAUAAUCGAUAUUUAAAAAAUCAUUAAUGUAUUUGUAUUGAUGGAUACUAUCCAAUUUUAUAGAAUCCUAAAUGUGAAAAAUGUCAUUAUUUUUGUUCCACAUGUACUGGACCUACUUUUAAUGAUUGCUUAACUUGCAAUAAUAUUGUUAAUAUUGAGAAUGUGGGAUCAACAUGUAGAUGUCAAAUCGGUUUCUAUUAUUAAGAAUUCUCUAAAUCAUGCUCCUAGUGUCAUUAAUCAUGUUAAACUUGUUAUAAAGCAACAAUUGAUGGUUGUUUAAGUUGUGAUAUUAAUUUAAAUAGAAUAUUAAAAGGAGUAAAAUGUGAAUGUAAACCUGGUUAUUAUGAAUUAGAUGAUGUUUGUACAAGUAAUAAAAAUAAUUAUCAUUCUAGAUUGUCCUAUUACAGAAGAUGUAUUAUUAAGUGCAUGUUAUUUAUUAUGUAUUAAUAAUUAAUAAUUAUGGCAUACAAAUACAUGUAUUUCUUGUGAUUCUGGAUUUGAUUUAAUAUUUGGAAAAUGUGAACCUAUUUGUGGAGAUUUACAAAUAAUUGGAUAUGAAUAAUGUGAAGAUAAUAAUAACAUAAUGGAUGAUUUAUGUUACAAUUGUUAAUUUCAAUGUCCAGCUCAUUGUAUAACUUGUAAUGAAUCAACUACUUUACCUUGUCCUGAUAUUUGUGGAGAUGGAAUGGUUACUGGAAUAGAAGAAUGUGAAGAUGGAAACAAUAUUAAAUAUGAUGGAUGUUUUGAUUGCAAAUAUUAAUGCUAACCCUAAUGUACAAAAUGUAUUAAAGGAGAGUGUUUUGAAUGUUUAACUAGUGGAUGGCAAAUUGAUCUAACAGUUCAACCAUGGUAAUAUAAAGAGAAAUGUGGAGAUUUAUAAAUAGUAGGAUAAGAAUAAUGUGAUGAUGGAAAUUAAGAUGAUAAGGAUGGAUGUUAAAAUUGUAAAUAUUUCUGUAGAAUUGGAUGUUCAUCUUGUAAUUAUGACACUAACACUUGUUUAAAUUGUGAAUUACCUGGGUUUGUUCCAGAAAAGUAUUAUUGUAAAAAUAUCUGCGGAGAUAUGUUGGUUGUAACAGAUCCAUAUGGAUUUUAUUCGGAAGAAUGUGAUGAUGGGAAUAAAAUUAAUUAUGAUGGAUGUAGUAAGGAUUGUAAAUUUUAAUGUUAAAUUUCAACUAUUUGCAUUAGUUGUAUAAAUAAUAGAUGUUAAAUUUGUGCUACUGGAUAUUAUCUAUCUAAUUAAAGUAUAUGUAUACCAAUUUGUGGAGAUUUAUUGGUAGUAGUUGGCGAACAAUGCGAAGAUUCAUUAACAUUACCUUAUAAAGGUUGUUAAAAUUGCUAAGCAAAAUGUUAAACUUCAUGUACUACUUGUGAUAAUUUUGGACUUGGAUGUAAGGUCUGUAAAUAAGGUUACAAUUUAAUCGAUGGUUAAUGUUAUUCAAAAUGUGGGGAUAAAAUAAUAACAUAGGAUGAAGAAUGUGAUGAUGGAAAUUUAAUAUUUGGAGAUGGAUGUCAUUAAUGUUCAUUUACUUGUCCUAUAUAAUGUUCUAAUUGUCUUCGUGGUGUUUGUUAUGAUUGCUAUGAAGGUUAUGAAUACGUUAAGUAUUCAUGUAUAAAAAUUUUUAAUGAUUAUCAUGAUCCAAGAUGUGAUUAGUCAUGUUUGAUUUGUAGUAUUUAAGGAUAUGGUUGUUAAGUUUGUUAGAGUGGUUUUUAAAAUAUUGAUGGUAAAUGUCAACCAAUUUGUGGAGAUAAAUUAGUACUUGUUAAUGAGGAGUGUGAUGACGGUAAUUUAAUAUUUGAAGAUGGAUGUCAUCAAUGUUCUUUUAGUUGUCCUAUUUCUUGUAUAAAUUGUUAUCUUGGUAUAUGUUUAAAUUGUGCAACAUAGCAUUUUUAUUAUUAACAUCAAUGCUAUUAACUGUUUGAUAAUAUUUAUUUAAAGGAAGAUACUAAUUUAGAAUUUUUAGAUAUUGUAAUAACUUAAACCUUCAUAGAAAAUCCUAAUUAAACAAGUAGAAUUCAAAUGAAAAUAUUUGAGUUUUAUUAAUAAAAUUACAAUCAGAUUGGUUAAUAUAUUGAAAUUAUGAAUUCAGGUUUUCCAUAUAUAAAUAUAGAAAUAGAUUUUACAUGUUAAUAGAAUAAAAAACUAGAAAGCCAAUUUUUUAAAUCAAAUUAUUAGAAAGGUGUUUAUGAUAAAAAUAUAAUAUUGUCUUAUGAUUGUCACAAUUUUGUUAAUCAUAUAAUUAAAUUUUCAUUUAAGUUACAAAAAAUAAUAUUGAAAGAUGAAUUAUUGAUAAUCAAUAUUUCUGAAGAGGAAUUCAAAUUAUCAACUUUAUUCACAAGCUUUAAACAAAGACUGCUAUAAAUUGCAUUAGUUGAUGUUUGA